UCUCAAAAAAAAGAAGAAAAAGAAGAAAAGAAAUUGUAGCCUGAGAGGUUUUCUUUUACCUUGAAAAGCCUCGAGACGCUGGGCGAUUAACUCGGAAAGGUUAGAGACUGGUAAAAAAAGCUAAAAAUGAAAGAAAGCAGGUUAAAAUAGAUGACAGCUCUUUAUUCCUCGUAUUUCUAAUGAAAAUGCGGCAAUCUCUUCAACCAAAUGCUUCACUCAUACGCAGUUUCUUUUCGCCCCCCUUUGCUCUGUGUUUAUUUCUCUCAUCUUCUGCAAAUUUAAUGGCUUCAAGUGGUGAGAAAUGUAGUUUCUGUCACCAUGUUAUGAAUGUACCCCAAAAAGGAUGGCGUCUGAGAGAUUCUACCUAUGCAAAGAUCUGUAUCCCGUGCUUCACUGCUUAUGAGGAUGGAUCUUUUUGCGAUAAAUAUCAUCACGACAACGAUGGAUGGAGACACUGUGAUGAAUGUGAUAUGCAAGUGCACUGCGGGUGCAUUAUGGGACUAAAUACUUAUGAAACUAAUGACACAUGUGGUGUAACGUGCAAAGCUUGCUUGCAAGAGAGUUCUGUGGUAUCAAGUGUAGGAGGCACGUCUUUUUUGGAUGAUGAUACCUGCAGCUAUAUGGAAAUGAGAAUUGGGAUAGAGCUUUUGUCAGAUUCAGCCACCGGGAACGCCUCUCCCAAUCCCGCCACCGGAGUCACCUCUGCUGAUCCCUCAACUGGGAGAACCUCUCCCGAUCCCGCCAGCGGGGGCGUCUCUGACUCUGCCUCUGCUGAUUGCGCCACCGAGGGUGCCUCUGCCAAUCCAGCCACUGGGGGUGCCGCUGCCGAACCAGCCACUGGGGGCGCCACUGUUGAUCCUGCCAUUAGGGACACCCGGUCUGAUCCCACCUCUGGGGGCUCCUCCGCUGAUCCCGCCAAAAAGGAUGCCCCCACUGAUCCCGCCCCCUCUGAUCCCUCCACUGGAGACUCCCCCUCGAAUCCCACCACUGGAGACACCAGUGAAGAUUUCGCCUUUGGGAACAGUGCAGAUUAUCACGACAGUACAUAGCAUUGGUUUUGAAUCUGCUGAAGUUCCUGGCUCGGGACAUACUGCAUAAUAGCUAGCUUAAGGGCCCUUGAAUCAUCUUCAGGCGUAUGCUUCUUUGUGCCGUUUGUUUCCCUGCGCAAAACAUAAAGAAUUAAAAACACCAGUUGGUGAAUAACUUUCUGUUGGCCUGGAAUGUUAUCUUUUAUUACUCCCUAUUAUGAUAGUCGACUCAACCAGUGUUUCUUUUUUUAGUUCAUAUGACAGUUGAAGUUUGAUGAACAUUGAAAGCUUGAAAUUUAAUUCUCGUUCUGUAUCGUUUUUUG